UUUUAAUGUUAAGCUUCGUUUUAAUUUCCAUAUUUUAACAAAUAGGUAGAUGCUAGAUGGUAUUUUCUUAUUAAACUUUUACACAAAACUCGUUUUCUACUUCAAAUGGUUUAGAUUUAUUUAAAUAAUAUAGGAUGGAGUGUUAUUGGAGGAAAUGCAGGAUUUGAGGUUAGAGAUGGUUUGACAAUAUUUGGAGGAAGUAAUGUUUUUGGAGGAGGAGUAUCAAUUUAUAAAGAAAUAUUGAUAUCACCUCGUCAUCAUACAAUAAAAUUAAAGAUGAAGAUUUGGGCGUAUAUAUAUUGAAUAAAAAAAUGAUAGUAUAAAUACAUGGGAUAAUGAAUCUAUUUUAACGAAAGUAGAUGGAGAAAUUGUUGAUGAAUAAACUGUGAGUUCAAAUAAAGGAAAUUCUUUUGGGUAAUUUAUAUAAUAAGAAAUAAUAAUUCNUUCUAAUAAUUUCACUGUAAGGACUAAUUACAUAGAUCCAAAAAGAAUUGAAUGUUCAAGUAAUUUUCGCUAUUCCUAUGGUUCAGAAGUCAAUCUAGUAUUAAAACAACCAAGUUUAAGAGUGACUCUAUCUCCAUAAGAUAGAUUUGUGAAUUAAAAAACAUUCUUUCUAAAUUAUGGAUGA